UAACAAAUUGUUCCCCUUGUAUACGUCAGGCGUGAGAACUUGCCAAAAAGAAAUUUAGAUAUUUAUUUGCAAAUCGAGUGUUUAUACCUUCCGUAUUGAGCAAUGGAAGGUUUAGGUGAAUUAGUUGAAAUGUUUAAAAACUGUUUCCCAUUUUCAUUUCUAUUCUUUAUUCCAAUUUUUAUCAUCAUUUCACCGGUGUCGCCGGUAAAUGCUGCACACGAAUUUGCAAUUUAUCGAAUGCAGCAAUUCGAUCGUUAUGAUAUGAAAGUUGGGAGUAAGAUGUCUCUUAUUAAUAUGGAAGCAAGACCACUUGAUGCAAAAAUGGUAACAAGAAGGUGUAUCAUUGCAAGAUUGAAAGAAGUGACAGGGGCCAGGUACCAGGACUUGGUGGAUCAAAAGGCAGGAGGGCUGAUUUUGCUCUUGCCUCAAGACCUUAACAGCAUGGCAGACAGUCUUCAGCAGCAUCUGCAACUCGUGGAGCAGGAGUUACUGGGGACAGAGGAUAGUAGUGUACCUGUCUACUUUGCUUGGGAGACACCUGAAAUUCUCAACAUCUACCAGUCAGUCAUAGCUGGAUCUGGGGAUGAUGCUGCUACUGCUGUGGAAGCUUUGUUCAGCUCUGCGUCAGCCAAUGGUUUUCAGAUGGUACAGAGUGUGGCAGGGAAAGCCUUGACAGACUUCCAGAUCUCCAACAUCCAAGGGCACCUGUCUGGUUACGGCAUAGAAGAGCAGCUGCCAACCAUCGCCAUUGUCACACACUAUGAUGCUUUUGGCAUUGCCCCAAGCCUAUCCACUGGUGCAGACUCAAAUGGCAGUGGAGUGAUAGCUAUUUUAGAGCUUGCCCGCCUCUUCUCCAAGCUGUACACCAACUCUCGCACUCAUGCCAAGUUCAACCUUGUUUUCCUGCUUUCUGGUGCAGGCAAAUUCAAUUACCUUGGAUCAAAAAAGUGGAUUGAGGACUCACUAGAUAAUAUUGAGAGCACUCUGCUAUCAGACAUUGCAUAUGUGCUGUGCUUGGACAGUAUCGGCAGGGAUAACAUGCUCCAUCUACAUGUCUCCAAACCCCCGAAAGAAGACUCGUCAGCAUAUGAGUUCUUACAGCACCUGGAAAAGGUCAUUCAGACAUUCUAUCCAGACGUUGGAUUCAAGAUGGUGCACAAGAAGAUCAACCUAGCCGAUGAGAUUCUGGCCUGGGAGCAUGAGCGAUACAGCAUGAAGCGCCUCCCAGCCUUCACACUCUCACACCUAGAUUCACACAAGGCCUUGGAUAGAAGCACAAUACUAGAUACUAGGUCAAGAGUAGAUGAAACAGUACUUGUACGAAAUAUCCGCAUUGUAGCAGAGACAUUGGCCAGACACGUGUAUAACCUUACCUCACAGGGAAAUGUGCAGCUGUUCUCUGAUACCCUUGAUGUGCAGGGUGAGCUAGUGUCCGCAUGGUUAGACCACCUGACCUCAACCCCCCGUGCUGCCCAGCUUCUGCCCCGCGACGCCAGCCUCCUCACCACCCUCGAAGAAACCAUGGCCAGGUACCUCAAGGACGUCAAACGAUCCACUGUCAAAACAGACAAAAGAGACCCGGAGUUCUUAUUCUAUGAUGGAGCAGAGUACAAAAUGAAUGCUUUUAACGUAAAACCAGCUGUGUUUGAUCUCUUCCUGGCUGUAGCUAUUGGCGGCUACCUAACAGCUAUUUAUUUUCUUGUCCAGAAUUUCCACGUUUUGUUAGCCCUGUUUAUCAAGAUUACCCGUCCAGUGAAAGCCACCAAAGUGAACUAACAUGAUGAAAAUUAAGUGUUCUACUAGUGUAAAAUGCUGUAAAUAUCCACAAAAUGAGCUUUCCUGACCAAAGAACUAUCAGCCUGUUUGAAUCACAAAGCUUGUUUUUCAUUGCAUGUGAUUAUGGAAAGUUGAUAUCUUCUAGUGCUCAUUCGAUGAGACAUUAAUUAAUGAGUUCAUUUCAGCAUACGCCUGCCUUACAGAAAACAUAUUUGUUAAUAUGAUAGAAAUGUAAGCAUAAAAAGUAUGGUGCAAAAACCUUGCAAACCAUGAGUUUUCUAUGCAAAAACAUCAAUACAUGUAUUUACGUGUUCCUUUUUGUACAGCGGCCAAACAUAAAUUCAUUUUCUACUUGGA